UGAGCUGUGUGACUUUAAAGGGAAGAGCUAUGUUUUCAGCACUCAAAUACUAUGCAAUAGACUAUUUACAUGAGAACACAGUUAAAGAAAGGCUUUACAGAGAUGCUUUAUUGCUUCAGAUCCCUUCAUGUUUAAAUCAAGAUAAAAAUUUUAUUGACGAUAAAUAUAGGCGUCCAUGGACAAGAGCUAUUUCAGUUCCGGAGAUGACAGAUAAUUCGGUCUUGGAACAGUGGCCAGCAAGGUUCUGUGUGGAGGACAUUCCUGAGAAAAAGACAGUUACAGGAAUGAUGAUUAAUGGCACAUUUGAGGAAAUUGUUCCAAGUUCCAAUCCCAACUCUCCAACUGGGAUAGAGAAUAUCAGCUCGUUCCUCAGGAAGGACUACAGAGAAGACUUUACACCUAUCAAGUGCUCCCCACACUACCCGGGAGUGAAAGCGGAGCACCAAGGAUUACUUAUUGAUGAGGAAAUGGUUUUUAUAAAUAAAGCAUUGGACAAUCAUCUACCAACUGUGGAUACUCUCUUGAGUAGACUAAAACUCUAUCUUGUUAAGGAUCCGCUUUUAGAUUUCAAAGAACAACUCUCUGGAAAGGAUAAUUUCACGGAGUGUUUCUCUGUUCGAGAACGUUUGGAACCUUUUGUGAGAGAUGAUUUCCAUAUGGCUGAGGAGACCUUUUGUAAGAAGAAGCUACCAUCAGUUUUUCCUUCUGAUCUUGAAUUCUUCAUAUCUACAAACCUUAAACAAGAAGUUCCGAUGCUACCAUCAUCAGAACUGAAAGAGCCAUUAAACUCAAUGCCUGAGAUAAUGGAAUAUGUAGAUGAAAAUGAAAAACUUUUCAAAAGAGAUCUUUCUACCAAGCAUGAAUUUGAUGCUGAGGAUAUGAAAUGCAACUCCACAGAGAUCUUACCUAUUAAAAGCCCAAGUGAACCAGAGUGCAAUGAACCAGGAGAAUUAGAAAUACCACUAACCAGUAUAAGCUUACCAAGGCAACAUUCUCCAGUGAGUUCAUUAUGUGCAGGAUUUCAUACAUUUCCAUUUUCUGCUGUGUGUAAAAUUAAUUUACUUAGUGCUGGAGAAUCGACUAAUAAAUAUUGUAUGCUGUGGCAACUUGGAAGCUGCAGAAACUCUUGGGUCUCGUUCUUGCUUACAGUUCCAAGAUUUCAAGAGCCCAGCAGUCAGUAUUCUCUUGCAGAUAUGAGGAAUAUAUUUUCUGUCAAAGGAGACGACAGCCUUGUGAUUAACUCUGCAAAAUCAAAGAGGUGGAGACAAGCAACACUAAAUCCAAUACUGGCUGAAACUCUGGAGCAUUUGAAGGCAUACUUGUGUCACAACGGUCUGUCUUCUAAGGAAACUAAGCUGGAGAUCUUUCUGCCUACAAAAGUGCUUCAGCUGGAAACCUGGCUAGAACAUCAGAGUCGACCCUUGCCCAUAAUGCCUAUGAGUGACAAGUCUACCAGUGUGCACAGAUUACGUCCACAGAAGAGACCACCUUCAGAAAGAGAAGUGCCGCUUCUGGUUUUGCCUGAUGAAUGUGUUUCUGUUAAAAGAACAAAAAAGGAAGAAAAUCCAAAGAAUAACCAAGAAGUAGCUGCUAGAAUAAUGCAGAACACAGACAAUGGUCGUGUUGGACUUGAUAACUCUGUGCCGUCUGUUGAACCAACUUCCUCUUCACGGAUUAAGGCGUCUUAUGAUAAAAAACAGAGUGAUUUGGACCUUUUGAGCGAGUUUAUUACUCUGAGAAGUAAAUACAAGACUUUCACUUCAGAUGCUGAAGUCACAGGCCAUGAUCAAGACAAUGGAUUUCAAGAUAAAGAAAAGUGUUCUUUGACUCUUCAAGAAGAAAGUCCUGUUGUUUCUAAUAACAAAACUCCAGAGGAAAGAUUUCAAGAAAGGACAGAUGAUGUCAUCGAGAUCCAAGCGUCAGACACCCAGUGCCAAGCAUACUGUCUCCUAGAAGCAGCAGCGACACCUGUCUUAGAGAAGCUUGCUUGCCUCUGUACUUACCCUGCUGCUGAUUGGAAAUUUGCUACUGUCAUUUUUGACCAAACAAGAUUCUUCUUAAAGGAACAAGAAAAAAUAAUAAAUGAUGCUGUUCACCAAGGUAAAAAUGAUGACAGAGAAGUAACAUUCAGGCAUGCUGCUCUCUUACAUCUUCUGGUAACAAUCAGAGAUGUCCUUUUAACAUGCAACUUGGAUACAGCAUUAGGAUAUUUGUCAAAUGCAAAAGAUACCUACAAAAGCAUGUUGGACUCCUGCUUGGAUAACAUUUGGAGACAGCUGAAAGUUUUACAGUUUGCUAAGGAAAAAAGGCCUAAAACCAACUAUAAGAUUGAAGAAUUACAACGUCAGAUACUAAGCAGGUUGCAAGGUCAACAACAAAUUAAGGUACUGAUUAUAAUAAGAAUGGACUCAGAUGGAGAAAAGCAUUUACUUAUUAAAACCCUUAAGAAAAUGGAAGGUUUAACAUUAACUGUUUUACGUUCAAAUGAGAGAAAAGAUUUUCUGGAAACUACUGGUGUUUUAAAAGGUACGAGUGCCUGUGUGGUUGUGCAUAAUCACAGUAUUGGAGCAGAUUUUCCCUGGAGCAGCUUCUCACUCGUGGUGGAGUACAAUCACGUGGAACACUCUUGCUGGGCCAAGCACUGCGGGCAGCUGAACGUUCCUUUCCUGGUCUUUAAAGUCAUUCUGCCAGACACAGCGCUGAAAAGAAACACCUUGCUGGAUAGAUUUGGUGGGUUUCUCUUGGAAAUUCAGAUCCCAUACAUAUUUUUUGCAUCUGAAGGAUUGCUUAAUACCCCAGAAAUACUCCGGCUGCUGGAAUCUGACUAUAAUAUCACACUGGUGGAGAGAUGCUGCUGUGAGUCACUGAAACUCUUUGGAAGCACAGAGCGUUAUGUAGUGGUGACAGUUGACGAGCAGACUGCUGUGGUUGUGCAGGACCUAGAAGAAUUAUAUUAUGAGAAGGCAUCAGACAAUAUCAUUAUGAGAUUAAUGGCAUUGUCAUUCCAGUAUAGCUGUUGUUGGAUAAUACUAUAUCCCAAGGAAACAUUAAAUUCAGAGUACCAUCUCACAGAGAAGACCCUCCAUCACCUCUCACAGAUUUAUGCAGCUCUGGCUUCCUCUGGCCUUAAAUCUGAAGAACUGGAUGUAAAGCUUAUAAUUGCCCCAGGAGUAGAAGAGACUGCUUUAAUAAUUCGACAAAUCGCAGACCACAAUUUAAUGACAUCGAAGAGAGAUCCUCAUGAGUGGUUGGAUAAAUCCUGGGUUGAAGUUUCACCAUCUCAGGAAGAGAUGAACCUACUUGAUUUCCCAUGUAUUAACCCACUGGUGGCUCAGCUCAUGUUACACAGAGCUCCUUCCCUGCACUGGCUACUGACAACAUCGCCCGCUGAGCUGCAGGGACUCCUUCCCCAGGUUCCAGCCAAAGUACUGAAGCAUUUUUGUAGCAUCACUUCCUUGUUUAAGAUUAGUUCUUCCUCCAAGAAAAAGUCACCUCGAAUUUCAUCACUUCAGGAAGAUAUGAAUCCAGGUGGUCCCUUUGUUUCUCAGAGUUUGGCUCCUGUCCUUCAGGAACACGAUGAGUAUUAUUCCUAUGAAGACUCUGAAGAAGCGGCACAGGGCGGUACAAGCUCCUCCCUUCUGGAGCUAAGAGAAACACCGCGUGUGUUACCAUUUGCAGCAUCUCACAGUCAGGCCAGGCCCCGGGCAGCCUCCACCUGUGGCCCUAACACAGUGCAGGAUAACCCUUUUCUAAUCAAGAAGCAAUCAAAGAAAGUGGCUGGGCACUCCUUCCCAAGUCAGGAUGAUUCAGAAUCAGGUGUCUUCUCUCUGGGCCUAACACAAAUAACCUGUGGACCUGAAAUGUUGCCAACUGAUACUCAGAGGAGAGUUAUCCAUAAUUGUGUAAGUUAUCCUAAAGCAAAAGGAAGCAGAAACAUGCAAAUGUCCACCCCUGCCUUUUUACCAGAGGCUUCUCAACCCCACCAUGGUUGGGACUUUAAGAAAAACAGUGAUAGAAAACAGAUUCGGUCAUUCAGUUCAAGCCGUGGAGCACAACAGACUACCUACAACAAAUGGUACCCACAACAAGAUGAGUUACCCAGUGAUCAGCCUGAGCAUCUGUGGGCCGACUUGGAAGACAUCACAUACAGACAUCCAGCUGCUGGGAGAGAGCUUCCGUCUGUUCCCAGCUGGGAUUCAUUCUGUGCUCCUGAUUUUAAUGUAAACCAAAGAGGAUUCAAAGGCCUUAAUUUCUACCAAACAGCUGGGAACUACUUGGGACAGAGAAGACUCCCUGUGCCUUCAUCUAGCUGGGGAGAUUAUGAAACACCAACAGGCUUAAUGUACUCACAAGUACCACAACCCAAAAGACAACGUCUAACGUAUGAAAAAAUCCCUGGAAGAAUGGAUGGACAGACCCGGCUGAGGUUCUUAUGAAGGACAGAAGGACGGUGUCACGUGCCAGAUUCUACUUUAUGAUAAUCCAGUAGCAAAAUGAUUUAGUAUUGAUUAUAUAUAAAAGAAAAUGGCAUUAUUUGUACAUGUCCUCAGUGUUUUUACCAUAUAUUCAAUUUCCAUAAUAUAUAUUCUGUCCUGGAACUUG